AUGCCUCCACUUCCACGAGGCACGGUGAUGGUGUCAGAGGCGUGCAAAGGAGGGAAAAUAAUCCGCCUCAUGCAACGACACCGAUAUGUAGUGGAGGGGAUGGACAAUGACGUUUGCGACUUUGUUUGCGGAAGAACAUGCGUUUUGUACGUAAACGACCUAAACCGUUUAUGCGAUGAAUCAUACAGGGCAGCCGUAUCGCAGCGAAUCUCUUUUGCCAAUGCGCAGGUCAUCACAGCUGGACGUCGCAUUGUUCUUUUACUGCUGGUGGACUCGACAGAUCCACGCCCAGAUGUGUUGGCGUGGCUCAAUCUCCACUGCAGCGUGGAAUUGCGUUGCGCUGUGAUGCUUUGUUGGACAGAAGAGGAGUGUGCAAGCUAUUUGGAGGGUCUGGCUGUUUUUUCUGUGGGCUCCGUGGAUUACCGACUAAGUAACAAGAAAGAGAGUGCGCCCAUACCAGUACUCAUUGAGGCCUUCACGCAAACGCCUCAGUUAAUGACGCGCAAUGACGUUGUUCGCGCCGCGCAUCGCUAUGGCUCCGUUGCCGAGCUUCUCACUGCUUCACUUGAGGAUUUGACCUCCCUUCCAGGGUUUGGACCAAAAAGAGCCGGAAGGCUUCACAAUGUUCUUCACGCGGGAUUUCAUGCUUCUCGCCGUCUGUUGUCGGAUUUAUUGACAGAAAGUAAUGAGCUCCGCGGCGUGGAUGAGAUGCGUUCUGCACCCGAUAGAGUUUCGGCGCGGGAAAAGAUGUUGCAGGUGUUAAAUCAACUACGAUGCCGCGAAAUGGAGGAGGAAUCGCCAACGGAUUGA